CAAAUAGUGGAGAAGUCCUCUGUGUAAGCUUGCAUACCAUCGCAGUAAACAACAUAUAGCUCAAGUGAUUCCGCCAAUUCAUCCACGGAAGAGAUAGAGCCUGCCCACCAUGUCUCUCACCUUCGUCCUCUACCCCAAGGGUACUAACUUCAACAUGGACUACUACAUCAGCACCCACAUGAAGAUGGUCGGCGACAAGCUCAGCCAAUACGGCUUGAAAGGCUGGAAAGUCUCGGACUUUGGCAAGGAUGCCGAAUACUGCGUUGGAGCGACGCUUGAGUGGGAGAGUAUGGAGGCGUUCCAGAAGGGCGCGAGCUCGGACGAUAUGAAGACCAUUCUGGACGACGUGAAGAACUUCUCCGACAAGGAACCGAUGUUGAUGCCUGGU